UAAAUAUUUUGUGACUGGUGAUCGAGAAGCACUCGAUCAUCUGGUGCUACCAAGGUUCGAUUUCAAGUUGAAUUUUGCACAAAUUUAUCACAGGAAGACGGUUUUACUAAGGAAAAGGACUUCCUGUGUUCCACUUGUGCGUGAUGUCGUUCUAAAGGUGUACGCAGCACGACAUCUACAGCCAGCGGUUAAGUGGACGGUCAGCGAAAAGGCAGCGACCUCAAGCCACGAGAAAUUAUGUUUCACAGUUGAACGAGCACUUUGGAGUGAAAAUACUGCUGUUUGGAACAGGAGAGAACCUUUCAAAGCUCAUUCAGUGACAAUGGUACCCUAUUAAUACCUGGUUUGUUUUUAUUUGUGUCAAUUUUUGGAGCUCCAGAGUAAUUGACAGAGAAAGCGAAAUUCGUGGCCGUGGACCAAAAUGGCUUCAUUGAAAGUGGCAGUCCGUGCUCGUCCGUUAAACAACAGGGAAUUAGAGCUCGGAUCUAAAUGCACAAUUCAAAUGGAGGGGCAGAAGACAACAAUAUUCAACACGAAGCUGUAUGGAGAGGUUGGAUUGGAAGGAGACAAGUCUCGAGAUAUCAAGAAGGAGUUCAUUUUUGAUUACUCCUAUUGGUCUGCUGACUCUAAAGAUCCACAUUUUGUUUCACAAGAUCAGGUUUUUAGUGACCUUGGUCUGGGAAUUUUAGAAUCAGCAUUUGAAGGUUACAAUGCUUGUUUAUUUGCUUACGGUCAGACAAGUGCUGGCAAAACUUACACCAUGAUGGGAACUAAUGAAGAAGUUGGACUCAUUCCCAGAAUCUGCAAGGGACUAUUUGAAUACAUUGGCCAAAACACAUCUCUGAAUUCAUCUUUCAGAACUGAAGUGAGCUAUCUUGAAAUUUAUAAUGAACAUGUCCGUGACCUGUUGAGGCCUCAGAAGUUAAAAAAGCUUCCUCAGCAGAAUUUAAAAGUGCGUGAACAUCCUAAAGAAGGGCCAUAUGUGGAAGAGCAACUGCUGCAACAAAGAUGAACAAUACUAGCAGUCGUUCACAUGCAAUUUUUACAGUCAAAUUUACUCAGGCUAGAUUCAUGGGAGAUUUGCCCAGUGAAACAAUAAGCAAGAUACACUUGGUAGAUCUGGCUGGCAGUGAGCGCGCUAGUUCAACAGGCAAUGCUGGUGAAAGGCUGAAAGAAGGAGCCAAUAUCAACAAAUCUCUUGUCACAUUAGGAAUUGUUAUUUCCACUCUUGCGGAAAACUCCAUCAAUACGUCUUCUUCCGGAACCAAGCGCCCUUCUUUCAGAAAGAAACUGUUCGUACCUUAUCGUGAUUCUGUCCUCACAUUUCUUCUCAAGGACAGUUUGGGAGGAAACGCUAAGACUGUCAUGGUUGCAGCAAUUUCUCCUGCUGAGUGCAACUACGGUGAAACACUUAGCACAUUGCGGUACGCACAUCGAGCAAAGAGUAUCAUCAACAUGCCCACAAUUAACGAGGAUCCAAACGUCAAACUCAUCCGGGAACUCAGAUCUGAAAUCGAGCGUCUCAAGGGGCUCAUACGAACUGGAACGGGUGAUGAGAGAAAGUCUUUAGAUGACCCCAUGAAAGUUACUCGGAAACUUCAAGAAAAUCAGGCGCGCGUCGAACAGCUGACGAAAGACUGGACCGAGAAAUGGAAAGAGGCCAAAUCAAUCAUGCAGGAGAGCGAGUUGCAGCUCCGGCGACACGGAUCAUGCGUGGUUCUUGUUGAUCUUGAGCUCCCUCAUUUGGUUCGAUUGGAGGAGGAUCCACUGAGAACAGAGAUAAUGCUGUAUCGUGUUAUGCAUGGAAAGACACAUAUUGGCCGAGAAGAUGCACCAAACCCACAAGAUAUAGUUCUUGAAGGCGAAGAUAUCAACCAAGAACACUGUGUUUUGGAUUUUGUGAAAGGGCGAGUCACGUUUGAGCCGAUCUCUUCACUUUGUUGGGUAAACGGAGUGGCUGUGUCUCAGCCGACAAGAUUAAAUCAGGGUGAUGUUAUUGUUCUUGGCAAGAGCGAUGUGUUCAAAUUCAACUUUCCAACCGAAGCGGCAAAACUGAGGGAAAAACGGCGCUCUGCUUUGUACACCGCGGAAUCGACCGAGUCUUUGACUAAUUUGCAUAUCUCACCUGUCCGUGGUAGUCAUGGAGACCUGAGUAUGAGAUCCGAUUCCUCUUCACCGAUGACUUUGGACUCUGGUGUGGAAGUCGAUCUUCAAGGGCCAGAUUCUUUAGAGGAAAUCAAAAAUCAAGUUACGGAUUUAAUCGCCAGACAUAAAGAAGCAGAAGUCAGAAGGCUGGAGAUAGAAAAAACCUUCCAGACUGAAAUCGAUAACAAGCAGAAAGAGAUUGACAGCCAAAAAGAGCAUAUUCAGGCAUUGCGCGAGCUGCACGAGGGGAAGUCUCAAGAAGCGCGCGAGGAUCUGGAACAAGUUCGACUUAACAUGGACAAGAAACACGAGGAUUCGAGAAAAGAGAUUGAGAAGCAGUUGGAGGAUUUGUUUGAAAUGAAACUUAAACAGUGUAGAGAAGCUGAAGAGGCAGCGGAAGAAAUAGCAAAGGAGAGGGAAGAAGUGGCUCGUUUUAUGGAGGGCGAAUGGCAGAAGGUUGUUCAAUAUGAAAUGAAAUUGGCCGACAUUGAGUUGCACCGGCGUAAAAUUAUUGCCCAAGCGGAGUCCGAACGAGCCCGUCAAGAAGAACUUCACUCCUUGGAGAUGGAAACUGACUUGAAAGGAUUGGAAGAAAAGCAUAUCGAGUUGUUAGAGUUACAAGAGAAACUUGAAACAGACAAAGCUCAGGUGGAGGAUCAAUUAAAUCGGGAUAAACUGACUUUAGACUCGACUCUAACUGAAAAUUUAGCCGAGCUUGACGAGUUAGAGCAAAAAAUUCAGUUAAUAGCGGAAAAACACGAUCAGUAUUUGACUUACCCAAGCUCUGUAGGUGAUUCAGCGCGCUCGGAGGAAAACUUUGACGAAAGAACAGUUACAAAGGUUGACUACCGUGACAAGACACGGAGCAUUUCAGACACUGGUUUGACAUCUAAAACUGUUGCUUUGGAUCUGCGGCAGCGCAGACGAGCCAGUUGGAAUUUUCGAUCGAGUAAAUUGUCUGUCUCAGAAGGAGCUAACGAUGAUGCAGAAACACAACAACUGCAAAAAUUGUUUGAGCUUAAAAACGAAAAAGAGGAGAUUAUCGAGAAGACACGUGGCGAAUUAACGCGUGAGAUUACAAAAGUCGAGUUGUACGGACGGCAAAUUUUGGAAAACGAAGCUAAGAUAACUGAACUUGAAGACGUGUACAAAAUAUCUCGGCAACAGCACGCUGAGAAAAUUCGUAUGUGUUUGGAAAACUUAAAAGUAAAAGAAGAACGAGACAUUGCUUUGGUAGACCAAGAUCGUGAACGUUAUGUGGAACUUUUGUGGAAGGAGUAUGGUGAGAUUGAAAGUUUGAUCACAGAGACAUUUGAAUCUUUGAAUUCCAGUGAUGCGCCACGAGGCGGUACAACCAGUGAUGCCAGAGCAAAUGAUGAAAAGAAACUCGAGGUUCUAAAUUUAGUGAAAGGGAGAUUAAGGCAAAUUGGUAGCGACGAAGAUGACCUAUUCCUUGAAUACGUCGCUAAAAGAGCUCACUUUGAGAAAGACGAAGACAGAGUACACGAGCAGCAAAAAAGAAUUUCAGAGCAGGUGAUGGACGGUAUUAAAGAAAAAGAGGUCGCGUUGCUGAAACUGUCCGGCCAGAAGGAACGGUUUCACGUGGAAAGAGCCCGAGAAAGGCGUUUGAUUACCUCGCGCAUAGGAAGACUGUCUCGUGUCAAAUCAUCUGGUGAUCUGCACAAUGAGGAAGCGCUGGAAUUCUUUAAAGAGGAAGCGAGAAAACUUCGAGAGACGUUCGAGAAAGUGGAAGAAAGUGAGAUGAGGCUUCAAAAUGAGCGGCGGGAGAGAGAAAUUAUUCAUCUGCAGCUGGAAGAAGCGCGAGCCAAACUGCGAAGCAGUGAGGAGGACAGAGAGGAAUGCGAGGAGAGACUGAGGGAUCUGAAAGAACAAAAACAUCAAAAAGAGAAAGAAAUAUCUGAUUUGAAGAGACAAAUGGAGGAAGAGAAACAAAGCUAUUUGGAUAAUCUUAAAACUGAAGACUAUGAAGUGAUAGAGAAACCUCUCGUAAAUCGGCUUCACGUUAAAUUUCGUGUCAUUGGUAACCAGGCUGCGGCAGAGGUCUUAAAAGAGGCCCUACUUGCCUCAGGUAUACCAGAGAUGCUUAGAACGGCACCGUCAUCUUUUAGGUCUCCGCAGCGUCCAACGGCCGACUCUUCUCACGGUGGAUGGACGUUUUACAGUACUCAGAAAGACGUCACCAUCGUACGGAAAAGGGAAGAGUAUAGUGGCGGUCUACUACACUGUUUUAUGGGGCGAGGAGUCAUCUCAGCGCCACCGCAGACCGUGUGGGAGGCAGUCAAGAACCCGUUGUCCAGAUAUAUUUACGACAACAUGCUUAAGAAAAUAAAUAUUGUAGAACAUGUAGAAGAAGGACUGAAAAUUGUGUAUAUGCUUCAUGAGACGUCUCAGUGCUUUAUGACGCAUUCACGUGACUUCUGUUACCUCUCCAAAGAACGCGUGGAAGGUGACAAGUACGUGCUUGCAUCUCAGUCGAUUGAACAUCCAAAGUGUCCUCUGUCACCUUCAAUUAUUCGGGGACAGAUCAUGUCGAGUGGAUGGAUUGUGGAACCGUUAGGUGCUGAAGGACAGGAAAUUUCUCUUGUGUGGUACAUUACAAAGGUUCAUCUUGGUUCUUCUACGUUACCCUGGCGACUGAUUGACCUGCUAUCCAAACGGCAGCCCCUCAGCAUUGCGUUCUUACGGAGCUACUUAACACCUCCUUGAGUAUACCGAGCACUACAAGUAGCCCCUAAUAAUAGCGGACGGCACCUUUAGAAUAAAACAUGACUGCUAGAGUCGACACAAGGAACCCUUUGGUGUAUUCAAAGAGAUGACUAUAUGCAUUUCAGAAAAAGAAAAUGAACCCUUCGGGUAGCCUAAGCUUAUUUAUCUCAGUUUAGACAAGUUAGUGUGGUUAUCCGCUUUGAGGAGAUCACAGAACACGUCUUAUUUUAGACAGCAGAGGGAAGGUGUAAUUUGAUAGAUGUCUUUAAAUUUAUUGAAGAAAGCGUUUGAAGCAUUAGGGCUUGAACGUUGAGAGCAGUCUUCAAUUGAGUGUCGAAACACCAAAUCAAGGUAAUCACUACGACCAAUCAGAACAGAGGUUUACAUUGUCAUUAACCAAUAAGAACUCGGGGUGAAACAAGCAAACUGCUUGAAGCGCGGGAAAACACAGAUGACCAACGCGCAAUUGUUUUAUGUUUUGCAUCUGAUUGGUUGCAGGGCUGUGGUCUAGCAGCGCCCGGUGGCCCCUGGCGCCUUACUUUCGCGCUUGGGCGACUUGGGAAUUUUAGUGGCUUUAUAUAAAAACAUAGGGUGGGCACCCUGUGUUUCAAAGUUUCAGAGCACUGGGCUCCUUUCACUUUUUCUUAGAGCAAGGCCUUGGGUUGAGAGGAUGGCGCUAUGUUUCUUGAUCAAUCACGUGAGCAAAGUUGAGUAAAACCAAAACAAUCCCAGAUUUCUUUCGACACUAAACUGAAAAUUGUUCUAUUAUCAAAUAUUGGAUCGAAUUCAAAUAAGGGUGUCAAACAUUCAGAUAUCUAGUCCAAAUUGGAGUAUUUUCUUGUUUACUUGAGUGUUUCGAUUUAAUGGAGGAGUAAUUUAGUAAAGGAUAAAUUAAAUCAGAUUUGUAUUUAAUAGGACAAAUUAAUAUUUUGGGGAAGUAAGACAUAUUUAGACAUAGUUAGCGAAAAAGAUUGUAAAUUUACAUAGGAUAAUCGUGUUCCAGUGAUUUUUAUGUAGUUUUGUUGGUUUUCUUUGCUUUACAGCUAAUCUCAAUACGCCGGGCAUUUAGAGGGCUCAAUUAAGUUGUUUUCGAACGGGCAAAGUCGUAAUGUAAUUGUAUUUCCGUGCCAAGAUAACAGUGUAGCGAUGAAAACAAAUCGCACCAAAAAAAAAAAAAAAUGCAAAUCGCUUAUGAUGUCGGCGAUCUUGAUUGAUUGAGUGGCUCAAAAGUCAACAAGGAGAAUUACAAACCUUGGUGUUUACACCAUAUUUACUUGCAUAGUUGAUGUAUUCACAACUUUGUUUAUUGUUAACGCGAACGGCAAACUGCUUUACCUCAGAUUUCGCUUCCUUGUCUCCAACUUGCUAAAAAUAUUUGACAGAAAAGUUAAAAGCAUUUUUCAGAAAAAAAUGCGAAAAUUUAAAUUUUUCAUAACUCUGAUCAAACACAGACUCGAGUGCCAAAAGCGAUAAACUUCUACAUCUGGACAAUUUGAUUUUUUAUUUUUUUAAAUUAAUUGUUAUGAAAGCUUUUAAGAGUCAAGCAAAGUAUAUUUCUGAAACCAGAGCCUGCAGGGUACCUGGUGACUCUUCGAUAUCAGGACUCAGCUUUCAACUUUAUAUUCAAACGGGGAAAGGCUGACAAAAGAACUAAAAUUGUUAUGGUUCACUGUUUUCCGUUCGUUUUAACGUGGGAAAUGUUUUUUGCUCCUUUUGUUAUUCAAUCUAUACAGGGUAUGCUGUGAGCACAAUGAAGUGUCCUUGGCACAGAAAUGUUCCCCCGAAGAAUAAUCCACUAAUUAGAAAUUGGAGUGAAAUCGUUUAUAUCUCUUCAAAUUUCACUGCAUCCAUUAUGCACUUUCAUCUGUCUUCUUUUAAUUUGUCGCAAUUUUAAUUCUGCACAGGUGUUGAGCAAAUUUUGUCAGCUUCUCGAGGUUUUCAAAUUGAGAAGACGUGCUAAAACAGUUCUUCAAAUUAGUUUCUUAGGUUUUGUUAAACUUGUAAAGUGUAACAUGUAACAGAGUGUAACCGGCAAUCGCCAGUUUUGAUAGAACGGGGUUCUUGUUAAUAACGCAAGGAGUGCAAAAAAUAGUUUGAUGCUAAUCAACCUUAUUUAUGCUAGAGUUUGCAGGAAAUUAUAAUACUUUUGAACAAGUGAGAAGCUUUUUUAAGCCACCCGCGGUGCUGAAUAAAGUUAAUUUGAAUGAGAAUCUA